AUGGGAAGGCUAAUUAAAAACCACUGGGCCCGUCUGGUUAUUCUCACCGCUGCAUCGUAUCAAGUAGGCAGUGCCAUCGAGGGUUUCAUCUGGCCGAAAGUAUUCUGGGAUUUCAUGACCAAAAACCUCAACGGCGCCGUAAAGCCUAUCCCUGUGCUUCAGAUCCUCAACCUGCUCACGGGCUUACUUGGCCUCGCAUGGGAAUGGCCUCUGAAGUAUUUUGCCGGCACCAUGCCACACCGCAGCAUCGAAGUGCGACUUAUCCUAUACCCUCUCAGUGCGCUUCUUUCAGCGCUUCUCUAUCAAGGAACGGACGCCGCGAUCUAUUACUUGGUUGGGAUUGCUGUAUACUUCUGGGCAUACAGUGAGGGCGAGGUUGUAUGUGCAGAACCAUGGACUUUACCAAAGCGGAGGGCCUUCAAGGACGCAAUCGCCAUCUGGAGAGCAGAAAUGCCAUCUGCUUCUACCUACACUAUGCAGGAAGGAGACGACGACGUCCCCGUGAACAAACAGACCAGUUUCAACGGCCGACUGAACCAAUACUUCCACACGUCCAAGCAUAUCAGCAACAACAUCGCUGCUACCGUGACACAAGGUAUCAUCCUACCGUCUGAACCGAAGCGAAAACCAGAAUCAACAUCGUCGUCAGACCCAAGCAACAACGAUGAAUCACAUUCCGAACCAACUUCCAAACGAAGGAGAAAGGGCGUCCCAAAUCCUCUCCGUCCCACACGAGUCACCCGUUCUCAAUCGGACACGUCAUCACCAGUCACCACGCAACGUGAAUCACAAUCCCCUAUCACCCAGCCAUCAGCAGACAGUUCGCCCCCCCGUCCUCGAUCUCGACGUCGACCACCGUCUUCUCGUACAUCCACACCCACACCCCCAACUUCCUCUACUGAUUCCCUUCUCCGCGACACGAUUCCUCCGAACCUGACCCUUCUCUUAGUAGGUGUCAACCCGGGCGUCAUGACAGGGGUGACCGGGUACGCCUACGCACACCCAUCGAACCUCUUCUGGAAAUUACUCCAUUCGUCCGGCAUUACGACGAUCCGACACCCGCCGUCAGACACGUAUCGACUGCCGGAGCUGUAUAACGUGGGAAACACGAAUAUCGUAGAACGUCCGACGCGGGAUGCCAGCAUGCUGAGCAAGGCGGAGAUGGACGCGGGGGUGCCCGUGCUGGAAGCGAAGGUGGCCUCACAGCGACCGGAGGCGGUAUGUCUGGUUGGAAAGAGUAUUUGGGAGGCAGUGUGGAGGGUGCGAAGGGGGAGAGCGAUCCGGAAAGAAGAGUUCCGAUACGGAUGGCAGGACGAGUCGGAGAAUAUGGGACAGACAGACGGGUGGAAAGGAGCGCCGGUGUUUGUAGCGACGACUACGAGUGGAUUGGCAGCUGGGAUGACCAUGGCACAGAAAGAAGCUGUAUGGAAUGAACUCGGAAAGUGGGUGGUUAGUAGACGAGAAGCGAUGAAAACACAAGAUGGUUUAGACCUCAACUUGACACAAUAG